AUGGCCGAAAAAGACGACCUCGCCGUCUCGAAUGACCCAGUACGCGAUGUUGACGAGAGCGUGGUCGAGGAAAAGUCGCGCUUGCGCAUCGAUGAUGAAGCCGGCGACUUGGCUGCCAAAGCGCUGACGAGCGGUCCGCUUGAUCCAGAGCUAUCCAAAAGAGUUUUGCGCAAGAUUGACAUGUAUAUCCUGCCAUUCUUGUGCAUCACCUACGCCCUGCAAUUCAUCGACAAGACGUCGCUGGGCUACUCGUCCGUCUAUGGAAUCAUCGCCGAUAAUAACCUCAAAGGCCAAGACUACUCUUGGGCCAGCAGUAUCUUCUACUUCGGCUACCUCAUCGCUGAAUACCCCGGCGUGGCCAUCAUCCAGCGCUUCCCCGUCGCCAAGUUCCUCGGAGCCAACAUCAUCCUCUGGGCCGCCAUUCUUAUGCUGACUGCCCUCUGCUCCUCCUUCGCCGGCCUCGCCACCGUGCGCUUCUUCCUCGGCGUGACCGAAGCCACCAUCUCGCCGGGCUUCGUCGCCAUCACGGGCAUCUGGUGGACGCGGCAGGAGCAAGCCGCGCGCUCCGCCCUCUGGAUCUCCUUCCUGGGCGUCGGUUCGCUUCUCGGCGGCCUCAUCGCCUUCGGCAUCGGGCACAUCAGCCACGGGUCGCUCGCGCCGUGGCAGUACAUCUUCCUCAUCCUCGGCGCCGCCACCAUCCUCUGGGGCAUCCUCUUCAUCCUCGUGGUGCCCGAUUCCCCCGCGACGACGCGCUGGCUGACGGCCGACGAGCGCGUCGCCGCCGUGCAGCGCGUCGUCGACAACAAAACCGGCACCAAAUCCCGCACCUUCUCCCUCCCGCAAGUCGUCGAGGCCGCCACGGACCCCAAGAUCGUGCUGCUCGGCCUCAUCUCCUUCGUCAACGCCCUUGCGUCCGGCGGCCUCGCCUUCGGCUCCCUCAUCAUCCAGGGCUUCGGCUUCACCCCGCUCCAAACGACCCUCAUGAACAUGCCCCUCGCCGCCGUGCAGACCGUCGCCCAGCUCUCCGCUGGGCUUUUUUCGUCGCGCCUCCGCGGCUCCCGCCUCUACGUCGCCACCCUCGCCAUGAUCCCGCCCAUCGUCGGCACCUGCCUGAUCAACCAGCUGCCCGAAGCCAGCCGCUGGGGCCGCCUCGUGGGACUCUGGCUGCUGGGCACGUAUCCCGUCGGCUUUUUGGUGUUGCUCGGCCUGCUGUCGACCAACGUCGCCGGCGGCACCAAGCGCGCCGCCGCCAGUGGUUGGGUCUUCGUCUGCUACUGCGUCGGCCAGAUCGCCGGCCCGCAGUUCUUCAAGUCCAAAGAGGCCCCCGAGUAUCGUGGUGGCAUCGUCGCUAUGCUGUGCGGCUUCUGCCUUAAUCUGGCCAUGAACUUGCUGCUGCGCUGGCUGUACGUGCGCGAGAACGCGCGGAGGGAUCGUAUGUUGGAGGGGAAGAGCGAGGAGGAGAUCAAGGCGAUGGAGGAGGAGAGUAGGGUGCAGGGCUUCGAGAACGUGACUGACGGGGAGAAUCUUAUGUUUCGCUACGUCCUUUAG